CGUUUGAAUUUAGUGCCCGAUCACGUCAAGAAUUUCAGGCCUCAAAUUCUAGUGUUAACGGGAAAACCGAGUUCUCGGCCACCAAUUGUUGAUUUUGCAAAUUGUAUUUCUAAAGGAAUAGGACUUAUAGUGUGCGGACAUGUCGUGGAAGGUACAAUGUCUCAGAGAAGCCGUAAUUCUCUCAUCGAUGAGUCUAAUCAAUGGUUACUCAAGAGAAAAGUUAAGGGGUUUUACACUUUAGUAGAAGAAGAAUCUCUGUCCAAAGGAGUGAAGUUAAUGAUCCAGUCGGUAGGAAUGGGAAAAUUGCGACCAAAUAUUGUUAUGCUU